AUGCCGAGUUUCACCAAGGCCCUGCCCCGCCUCGGAGGGGCGCUGGUGCCCAAACCCGCGUCGAGCGUGACAGAGUCGGGCAAGUCGGACUUGCUCAUGCGCUUCUUCGAGAGCGAGUGGUUUGACACCUGGAUAGCACUAACGUACCUCUACAAGAGCAGCUCCCCCGGGGUCCAGGACUACCUGUGCAACCGUUUGUACACCCUGCCUGAGAGGGAGGUGGAAAAGUACCUCUCCCAGCUCACGCAGCUGUGCAUGAUCCGGCCCAACAGCUCGCUGGAGAGGGUGAUCAUCGACCUGUGCUCCCGCUCCCUCCGCAUCGCGAUCAAGACGUACUGGCUGCUGCUGGCCAUCUCCCAGGACAAUCCGCACGACCUGCAUGUCAUCGCGCUGCGGGAUCGAUGCGAGCAGGCGGCCCUGGAGGGGACGUGGGACCUGCCGUUCAAGGACUCGCGCCUUCCCCCCCUCCGCAUCUCCCCCUCCUUCGUGGACAUGGGGCUGGCGUCCCCGCCGCGCAGCCCGCGCGGCACGCUGUCCGUCCUCUCCUCCACCCCCUCCCACGUGCCCUCCCUGCUGGGUGCGGGCGAGCGCUGGGGCUCCCCCGACCGCGACGCGCCGGGCGACACGCUUUCCCGCGCGGCCUCCCCCGACUGCGCCUCCCCCCGCCCCAUGUCGCCCGACGGCUUCGGCUCUGGGGUUUACUCCUCCGUGUUCAUGGACACCGGCGUGGAGGGCCUGCUGGGCUACUCAGCGCCGCAGGGUGCCGAGGCGCAGGGGGCCCAGGCCUGGCUGGAGCGCACGCCCGCCUCCCCGGGCGCCUCCGGCACCAGCCCGGACCCGGCCUCGGCGCUGAGCCCGCCGAACUCGCCGCGGCGGCGGCAGACCACCUUUGGCGCCACCCUGGACUUCAUCGACGCCCUGUGCACUGCCAGCUCUGGCCUCACCGCCUUCCCACCUGAGGACCGGGAGUGGGCGUUGCGCCAGGUGCUGGCAUCCAUCAACGUGCAGAUCGAGGCGGCGAGCCGCAAGGGCGUUGCUGUCUGGUUCCCCAUGGGCACGCGGGCGCGGCGCGUGGUGCGCUUGGCCCCGCGCGAGUCGAACCUGCUGAAUAGCCGCGAGAAGGCGCCGUUUACGCUGUACGUCGAGGUGCUGGAUGAGGAGGUCGCGGCGGCUGAGGGCGGCGAGGGGGCCGGGGUGGGUGGCGAGAAAUUGGGCUGCGGCCCGGCCCGCAACGCGGGCGAGCCCACGCCCUCUCGCCCGCCCGCCCUGCAGCGCAUGAGCUCCGAGCCGGAGGACAGCCUGACCGGCCCGGGCGACGAGGGCAGCGACAGCGGCGGCAGCUCCUCCGCCGCCGCGCUCAUGGCCGUGCGUGCCAGCAGCGGGACCUACCUCGGCGCCCAGCUCUUCGGGCCCGCCCGGUCGGAGGACGCGGCGGGGGUUGACGGCGCGGUGGAGGGGGAGCCCAGCACCGCGGCACCACCGCCCCACCCUGCCGACCUCGGCACGGGGCUGGACCGGGCGCUGGCGGGCCUGCGCGGCGACGCGCCGCUGGUGCGCCUGCACCUGGACGUCCUGGACGACGACCCUGCGCCCGGGUCGGAGGACGAGGACGAGCGCGGGCCCAGCGUUCUCAGCAGCACAGCCAGCAGCCUGGAGGGGGGCUGCGUCGCCGAGCGCAGUUCGGCCAGCCCCGCGCCGGGGCCCCUGCGCUGCCUGCGCCCCGCCUUUGGCCCCUCGGCGCUGCUCCGCGUCGCGCGCAAGCAUCGCCUGCCCCCGCCCGUGGAUGCGGCCGCCGACCCGGCCUCGCUGGCCAGCGUGCCCGAGCAGCACUGCGUGCGCACCAGCAACGGCGACGGCGGCGUGGGGGGGGGGCCAGACGCCGUGUCGCCGCGCUCGCGCUCGGCGAGCGACCCCACGGAACUGCUGGCCAUGCAGCUGAUCGACGCCUUCCACGACAUCUUCCGCGAGGCGCGUCUGCCCCUGACCCUGCACCCCUACGAGGUGCUGGUCACCAGCAACCGCACCGCGCUCAUCGAGCUCGUGCCCAACGCGCCCAGCGUGCACGCCGUGAAGGGCGCCUGCCCGCCGGGCACCAGCCUGAGGGACCACUUCCUGGAGCGGUACGGAGCAGGCACGCCGGAGCUCCUGGCCGCGCAGCGCAACUUCGUGGAGUCCAUGGCCGCCUACUCCCUCGUCUCCUACUUCUUGCAGAUCAAAGACAGGCACAAUGGCAACAUCCUGCUGGACGACGCCGGGCACAUCGUGCACAUCGACUUUGGCUUCAUGCUCACCAACUCCCCCGGUGGAGUCAACUUUGAGUCGGUGCCCUUCAAGCUGACGCGGGAGCUGCUGGAGGUCAUGGACUCCGGUCCCUCUGGCCAGGCCUCGGAGCUCUUCGACUACUUCAAAGUGCUCAUGAUCCAGGGCUUCCUGGCGGUGCGACGCCACGCGGACCGCAUCCUGCUCCUGGUGGAGAUGAUGAGCUCCUCGGCCUGUCCCUGCUUCAAGUCCCGCGCCGCGGCGGUCGGCGGCCUGCGCAAGCGCUUUGCCCUGGCCCUGCCCGAGCCGGCGCUGGUGGAGAUGGUGCUGGGCCUGAUCAGCGACAGCCUGGACGCCUGGCGGACUCGGCAGUACGACUACUACCAGCGCGUCCUCAACGGCGUCCUUUGA